UGCAUAAGCCUAGAUUUCCUGUUCUAACCACUCAGUAGUCAGGUUGCCUGGACUUCAACUGGCAGAAAGAUAACGUGUGGUUUAUUAGGGCCCAAACUAUAUCUUUCAACUGUACUCAAGUGACAACUUAAAAAGGCUUCACACAGGUGACUUAAGGUGAAUAAUUAUGGAUAACACGCAUGAAUAUUUAUUUAAUUUGAAAGGCUAUAAUUUUGAAAAAUCUUUGGUUAAAAUGAAUAUAAUAGAAAAUAUGGAAGAUUUUAAAAUUAGAGAUGAUGAUGUCUUCAUAGUCACAUAUCCAAAAUCUGCUGCUUUCUUUACACAGCCAGGACCACCUGCCCAGGAAAUGGUACCACCGAGUGUGCUGAGUCCUGCAUCAAUUACCAGUCAAGACAAUUCUCAGUUGAGACUCCUUUUCCAGAUGAUUCUGGAGGUAUCAGGCCCAAGAUUUGUUGAAACAAAUGAUUUCAUAAUUCUUGUCUGUCUGCAGAUUCUUUACAUCUACAGAAACCCUAAAGAUGUUCUGACCUCCUAUUUCCACUUUUCAAAUUUGAUGGUUGUACUUCAAGCAACAGAUUCCAUAGGAAAUUUUAUGGAAAGGUUUCUAGAUGGAGAAGUGGUAGGAAGCCGUUGGUUUGAUCACAUCAGAGGCUGGUAUGAGCACAGACAUGACUUCAAUAUUCUGUUCAUGAGUUAUGAAGACCUGAAGAAGGACCUCAGAAGCUCAGUGCUUAAAAUCUGCAGUUUUCUUGGGAAAAAGCUGAGUGAAGAAGAUGUGGAUGUUGUUGUGCGACAAGCUACAUUUCAGAACAUGAGAUCUGACCCACGAGCAAAUUAUGACAAUAUCAUAAAAAAAGAAAUUGGGACAAGAAAUGAUGAGGGAAAUUUUCUGCGCAAAGGUACCAUUGGAGACUGGAAACAUCAUUUAACUGUUGAGCAGAAUGAAAGAUUUGACAAGAUAUUCCAGGAGAACAUGAAAAACAUUUCCUUGAAGUUCAUAUGGGAUAUAAAUGAGGAGUAGACUAUUAAUUACAGAGUUAAA